AUGAAGAAGGAAUGUCGGGAGAUGGUGAAAAACUGUCUGGAUUGCCAAAAGUCCAAGAUAACGCGCCACGUGUCAACAGUACCAGGGACCUUCACACCGCCUUCCAACCGAUUCGAGAACGUCCAUGUCGACAUUGUAGUAAUGCCUUACUGCGAAGGCUACCGCUACCUCUCGUUUUGGGACUCCGCUACGCAUUACGACGGACCAAGGAAGCAAAUUGAGUCGCACCUGUUUAGGGAAUUGAACGCUCUAACAGGUACGACCCAUUUAAGAACAACGGUCUACCAUCCAGAAUCGAAUGGGAUAGUUGAAAGGCUUCACCGUCAGUUGAAGGCAGCAAUCAAGUGCCACCGCACCGCUAAGUGGACCGAAACUCUUUCAACCGUCAUGCUAGGGAUUCGAUCAGCCUGGAAGGACGAUCUGCAAUCCACCGCCGCAGAAAUGGUAUACGGCGAGCCCCUACGCCUUUCAGGGGAAUUCCUAGCUAAAACAACGCUCGAAACCAGCACGACAUCGGUGUUUGUACAACAACUGCGGCAACAUGUACGACAAUUACAACCCGUACACGGCAAGAGGACACCGUUCAUCUUCAAGGACCUCGCAACCACAAGCCAGGUGUUUGUGUGCCAUGACGGACCAAAAGGAUCACUCCAGCAACCGUACGAUGGUCCAUUCAAGGUUGUAUCACGAACGGAAAAGACGUUCGUGGUAUGUAUUCGCGGGAAGAACGUCAAAAUAGCUAUAAACUGUCAGAAACCUGCGUACGUUGUUGCCGACCUGGAAGAUUACAAUACCUACGACGAGAGGACCAUCGAGAUCUAA